AUGGUGGCAUUAUCAGUUGUUUCUUUGAUUUCUAAGAAGAUAAUCAAACCAUCCAUUCCAACUCCUCUUUCUCUUAAAUCUCACAAACUUUCCUUCGUUGAUCAGGUUCUUCAUAUAUCUAUUCCUAUUGCAUUUUUUUACCCAAAAGUUGGCAAUUAUGCUGCGUACAAGUCAUAUGAACCUACCCUAGUAUCUCAACUUCUUGAGAAAUCUCUUUCUAAAACACUUUCAUUCUAUUAUCCUUAUGCUGGACGACUAAAGAAUGAUUCCUCUGUUGAUUGCAACGACACGGGAGUUGAGCUUUCCAACGUUCGUGUCCAUUGUUCCAUGUCCGAAAUUUUCAAACACCCUUACACUGAAGCAGAACAUGUAGUUUUUCCACAAGCUAAACCUCACGACCACAGUAAAGGAAAUUUAGCUAUAGCUCAGGUAAGCCAUUUUGAUUGCGGAGGAUUAGCAAUUGGUGCGUGCUUAUCACACAAGAUUGGAGACGGCUACACCGCCAGCAAUUUCCUGUACAACUGGGGAGUUUUGAGCCGUGAUAUAAGUGCAACACCAUCUCCUCGCUUUGUUGGAGAAUCCAUCUAUCCCCAAUGUAAUGAUCCUUCUGAUGUAUCAAGUAUCAAGUACGAAGAACCAACUGGAUAUCUAGGGAAAAGGCUUAUUUUCCCUGCUACUAAAGUAAACGCUCUCAAAGCAAAUAUUUCUCUUGAAUCAGGAGUCCAAAAUCCAACCCGAACUGAAGUUGUGAGCGCGCUUCUUUACAAAUGUGCUGUAGCUGCAAGAAGAGCGAAUAAUGUUGGCUCAUUUAAACCAUCUACCUUGUUUCAAGUUGCAAAUAUGCGUCAAAGGCUCAACCCACCUUUGUCUUACGAUGCAUGUGGAAAUGUAAUCUCUGGCUUUUUAGUGAAAACAACUAAUGAAAGGGAACUAAAUUGUCCAAGAUUGAUACGAGAAAUGAGGAAGGAGAAAGAGAAACUUCAUGACCAGCAAAAGAAUGCUACGAAAAAUACAAUUAUCUCAGAAGUAGUUGAUUCACUUGAAAAAGGAAGGACGCCAUUCCAUAGCAGUGAAGUUGAUUAUUAUGUUUGUUCCAGUGUCCUAGUAUUUCCUUUUUAUAACAUGGACUUUGGAUGGGGACGGCCAGCUAGAGUGAGCAUGGCAACUGGUCCUUUCAAUAAGUAUUUUUUUCUAAUGGAUAAUCAAAGUGGAGGCGGAAUCGAAGCCAUAGUCAUGCUGGGCGAACAAGACAUGGCUAUAUUUGAAAGAGAUCCAGAGCUUCUGGAAUUUGCUAUACCAAUUCCAAAUCAUUAA